AUGAGCGCUCCAACGAUCACUUCCGAAGGCUAUGUGUGGACGCCAGCCUCCGGCAUGUCUCAAGGUUCCUUGCCCUGUAGGGGCGUCGUUAGUCCCCCGAAGCAUGUUAAAAGCGAGGACGCCUACGAUUGUAUUGUUAUCGGCGCCGGGUAUGCUGGCUUGACUGCCGCCAGGGACUUGGCUCUAUCAAAAAAGAAAGUCCUCUUAAUUGAAGCGAGGGACCGCGUUGGCGGCCGAACGUACAGUGUUGAUCUUGAUGGCUACGUCUAUGAAAUGGGAGGCACCUGGGUCUCGCACUUUCAAGGCAACUUGUUCAGGGAGAUGCAGCGCUAUGGUGUUGAUCGCGAUCUCGUCACCACCAGGCAAAGCAUGCAUGAGAAUAAUUACUACACGAUGAAUAUUUCUGGUGAUACGAAAAAGCUGAGCCACAGUGAAGCCGGAAAGCUUCAGGCAAAGGCAUGGGACUUGUUCGUAAACGUGGAUGGGAAUGGAUGUCGCACCAUCUGCCCAUUGCCGCAUCAACAACUUGGAAAUGUACUGGUCAAGCGAGAAGACGUCGAACGGUUGGAUGCCAUGUCUUGCAAGGAACGGUAUGAGCAAAUUAAAGACCAGCUCAGCCCCGACGAGUCUGCAUUGCUCUUGUCUUUGAUCCUCCAUAUUUCUGGCGGCACCCUGGAGAAUUCCAGUCUUUGGGACAUGAUCCGAUCGCAUGCACUGGCAGCACACUCUUCUGACAACUUUGAGGACGUGUGGCUCCUGUACAAGCUUCGCCAAGGUCAAUCGAAUCUCUCACGCGCCAUGCUUGACGAAGCUAUCAGAAAUGGCAUGGAAUAUUCCUUUUCUACCGAGGUGUCUUCCAUCGUCGAUAUCGGAACGUUUGUCGAGGUCAGCACCACCUCCGGCCUCACGUUUCGCGCUUCCAAGGUCAUCUCGACGAUUCCUCUCAACGUCCUGCGCCACAUUCGUUUCGAGCCGCCUCUUUCCAAAUUUCGACAGGAGGCCGUCAAUCUUGGCCAUGUCAACUUCAUGAACAAGAUCCAUGCUGAGGUGAAAGGACCCGGACUUGCGUCUUGGAAUGGCAUGGCCUACCCUAAUCUCUUGCUUUACGGCUAUGGAGAUGGAGUCUUGGACAAUGGCAAUGCUCAUAUAGUUGCCUUUGGGAAAGAUGAACGAGAUCACUAUGUAGCCGAAAACUGUCCAGAGGAGACUGUUGAAGCUUUCCAAAAGCUUCAUCAAAUGGAUAUCCAGAAAAUGAUCUUCCACAACUGGAACACGGACCCUUACUCGCAAGGAGGGCCGGCAUGGUGGCCACCAAAGUAUAUGACCCUGUACCAGGAAGAACUACAGAGCGCACAUGGGAACAUCCUUUUCGCCUCGGCGGACUGGGCCCAUGGAUGGAGGGCAUUCAUUGACGGAGCAAUUGAACAGGGUGCAUUGAAUGCCAAGGAGGUCUUAAACCAGCUUGGUUCUUAA